GUGGUGACCGGGACCGGGUGUAUUCUGGGUGCGUGGCGGGAGGAGAGGUGAGCAGCCCCAGGAGCUCUGCCGCUCGCUCAGUGUGCCGUCGUCGCGGUGCGUGGCUCGGGCGGGACUCAAGGUGGACGCCAAGGAGGCGAGUCGCGGGCCAAAGUGCAUUAGGCCCCACGUGUCGGGGAUCGCGAGAGUGACAGAGUGGGAGGCAUCGCCUUCCGCCAGGUGGGGCGGCGCCAACCGCGCUCGCGCGGCCGCACCAGCGAUACAGGUCGGCGACCCCCUCAUCAGGGCCCUCGUCGUCGCCGUUCUCCAGGAUGCUGCGCCUCGUGCCGGUGGCCCUGUGCGUUCUGCUGGGGCUGGCGGCGGCCGGGGCCAACCUCCGGGACCGUGGGGGACCGAUGGACGCCGACAGGGAGGAGGGCAGGACGCUGCAUUUCGCCGGGCUGUUCUACGAAGACGAGUGGCAGGAAAUCCUGGCCUUUAGGGCGGCCAUCGAGCGCGUAAACAUGGACAAGAAAGUGCUGCCCGGGAUCACCAUCGUGCCCGUCGUGGAGCUGCUGACCAACGUGGACAGCUUCAUGCUGAGCAAAAGAGUUUGCAACCUAACAUACAAUGGCGUAGCCGCCAUAUUCGGCCCCAAGAGCAGACAAUCGGUGAAUAUCGUAUCCUCCAUCACGGAGACGUUCGAGAUACCACACAUCGUCACGCACCCCGGGUUGGCGAGGAGGCCAACCAACUACCAGAUUAACAUCUACCCCGAGCGCCACAGCCUCUCGCAGGCCAUCCUGGACCUGCUCGAGGACAUGGCCUGGAAGACGUUCACCAUCGUCUACGAGGACGACGAGGGACUGUUCCGGCUUCAGGAGGUGCUCAAGGCUCACGGUCCCAGCGACAGCCCAGUCACCCUCCGGCGUCUGGGGGAAGGGCCAGACUACAGGCCACUGCUGAAGGAGAUCCAAAACAGCACGGAGACGCGCAUACUCCUCGACGUGUCCGCCGACAAGCUCAUGGACAUCUUCUACCAGGCGAAGCAGGUCAAGCUGAUGAGCGACUACAUCAGCUACUUGGUCACGUCACUGGACGCGCACACGCUGGACUACACCGAGCUGGACCUGUGGGCCGAGGAGGAGUCGGGCGUCGCCAACAUCACGGGCUUCCGGCUCGUCGACCCCAACUCCAUGGACGUGCAGAACGCCGUCCACGACUGGAUCUGGACCGAGCGGAUGCGCGGCAACACCAUCACGCUCACGCCCAAGAUGGUGAAGACGUCCUCGGCGCUCAUCAACGACGCGGUGCACAUGCUCGCGCGGGCGCUGCACCAGCUCGACCAGACGGAGCCCUUCAUCGUGGAGGCGCCGCUGUCGUGCGAGGGCGUGGACAAGUGGGAGCACGGCGAGCGCAUCGUCUCCUUCGUCAAAGCCAAAUACAGUGACCCGGACAACACGGAGAGCGGCAUGACGGGCCCGCUGUGGCUCGACAAGGACUCGUCGUACAGGCGCAACAACUUCACCGUCACCCUCAUCGAGACCAGGGCGGACAACGCGACGGGGACGUGGAACCGCUCCGGCAUCCACCUGUACCGCACGGUCGAGGAGAUGGAACGCUUCACCAAAGAGCUGCUCUCGAAGAAGGUCAUGCGCGUCGUCUCCAAGCUGGGUCCACCGUAUCUCAUGAUGAGGGAGAACCAAACGGGGACGACGGGCAACGACCAGUUCCGCGGAUACGCCAUCGAACUGAUCCAAAUGAUCGCCGACGAGCUCAAAUUCAAGUUCGAGUUCUACCUCGUCAAGGACGGGAAGUACGGCUCUCUCAACAAGGAUGGGCGGUGGGACGGCCUCAUCAAGGAUCUGCUGGACAGGAAAGCUGACCUGGGCAUCUGCGACCUGACUAUAACGUACGACCGGGAGCGAGCCGUGGACUUCACGAUGCCGUUUAUGACUCUCGGGAUCUCUAUUCUGUAUUCCAAUCCGCCCGAGAAGGCGCCCAACCUCUACUCGUUCUUGGAGCCGCUGUCCACGGAAGUUUGGAUCUACAUGGCGUCGGCUUUCAUAAGCGUAUCACUAUUACUCUUCAUACUUGCGAGGGUAACCCCUCUGGAGUGGAAUAACCCUCAUCCGUGCAACCCCGAGCCCGAGGAGCUCGAGAACACCUUCAACCUCAUCAACAGUAUGUGGUUCGCCAUGGGUUCAUUCCUCCAGCAGGGUUGCGACUUCCUGCCACAGGCACCCUCGACGCGCAUGGUGGCCGGCCUGUGGUGGUUCUUCACGCUCAUCAUGAUCUCCUCGUACACGGCUAACCUGGCGGCCUUCCUCACGGCCGCGGGGUUGGACACCGAGAGGAUCCACAGCGCCAAGGACCUGGGCGCGCAGAACAAGGUCCAGUACGGCUGCAUGGCCGGCGGCUCCACCCAAGCCUUCUUCGCGGCUUCCAACACGUCCGAGUACCAGCGCAUGUGGUCCAUCAUGUCGGCCGCGCGACCCACCGUGUUCACGGCGAGCAACCCGCUGGGCGUGGAGCGGGUCAAGAACGCGUGGGAGAACGGCAAGCGGGACUACGCCUUCUUCAUGGAGUCCACCGGCAUCGAGUACGAGUGUCAGCGCACCUGCUACCUCCGGAUGGUGGGCAACCUCCUCGACUCCAAGGGCUACGGCAUAGCCAUGCCGAGGAACUCACCCUACCGCGCCCUCAUCUCCGGCGCCGUCCUCAAGCUGCAGGAGAAGGGCAAGCUGGUGCAGCUCAAGGACCGCUGGUGGAAGCAGAUGGACGCGGGCGGGGCGUGCGAGCAAGAGUUCGUGGACAACAGCGACGACAACAAGCUCACCAUGGGUCACGUGGGCGGCGUGUUCCUCGUGCUGACGUACGGCUGCGUGGGCGCCUUCUUCGUGGCGGUGGGCGAGUUCCUCUGGAACACGCACACCGUGGCCAUCGAGAACAAGAUCACCCCCAAGGAGGCGCUGGUGAAGGAGAUGAAGUUCGCGGUGCGCUGCAGCGAGGACACCAAGCCCAUCAGACACAGGGCGACGACGCCCAGCUCCAGCCGCAGUGGCAGCCGUUCCCUGGGCAGGUCCCUGGCGCUCUCCCUGCUGCAGUUAAACGCCUUCCAGCGACUGGGCGGCGGGGGCGGCGGCGGUGAUGGCGGCGACGGGGGAGGCGGCACUGAGAAGAAGAAGUAGACGCAGUCGUGGUCUCGGGGCCGCCGCCGAGCAAGCUCCACCUGCAGGGCCGCGUCGCGCAAGCCAUAGCUAUCCAACCCCGUGACAUUUUGAUGCGUCUGCUGUUGCUCUUGUUGAAUUGCGAUUUGUUUCCAGUCAGCAGCCGAGGCCGAGCAUGUUACCAUCGUGUACAUUCCAAAAGACGGUAGGCCUCUAGGGCGUGGGUAAUGUGGAGCUUUUUAGAGGGUGGUCUCCUUAGGUGAUAGCGAGAGGAGGAUCCAUUUUCUAGAUACUUGAACUUACACUUUCGCUGCACGAAAGGUCUUGUCAAAGUAGAAAGUGACAAAAACAAUCUGAUAAAUUGUGACACAUAUUUUGUUUAGAAUAAAUUACAGUUGUUUUAUCGUA